AUGAACAACAAUUCAGUUCCCGCUGAGGAACCGAAGAGCACAGACAACAAAAACUUGCCUGAGCCAGCUUUGAGUCCCGCUCACCAGCAUCAUGAUGCCCACCAUAGCCCGCCGCUAGGCAAGAGUCAGGAGAAGGAUGUCUUCGCAAGGGAACUUGAGGACAGUGCGGCGUCGAACGAUAAGCAGCCGGCCACAGAUGAUCUGGAACGUAGCUCGGACAGCAGAAGAGGGAUAUCCAAAAGACUACGUCCGUACCGUGCGCAAAUUCGGAUUGCAACCCAUGUAGCAAUUUGGCUUUUAUUUACAGCCUGGUGGAUUGCAGGUCUUAUUCUCCGGCGACACGAUUUGGGAUGGGUGGUCCCAUUCAUCCUUUAUCUCUGCAUCACUCUUAGGCUCAUCUUUUUCUACGUGCCGAUAUCUAUCAUUUCAAAGCCAAUGCAUUGGGUAUGGCAAAACACAGCAUGCCGUGUCGCCGCGUUGAUCCCGGAGCGAUUCCAAACACUGGCGGGUGCUGCUUUGGUGAUCAUCAUUAUCUCUGCAGGCGCUUUUGCUUCCCCGGAAACCGCCGAUAAUACUCGAGCCAACCGCGCCAUUAGCUUAUUCGGACUACUCGUUCUCAUAGGGGUUCUUUGGGCCACAUCUAGAGAUAGAAAGAAGAUUGUUUGGAGAACAGUAAUAGUUGGCAUGCUGGUCCAAUUCGUCAUGGCGCUUUUUGUUUUGCGCACUGGAGUUGGCUUUGAUAUUUUUAGAUUCAUAUCCCAGCGCGCAACAGACCUCCUCGGAUUUGCACGACAAGGAACCGCCUUCUUAACAACCAAGGAAGUUUCCAUGAUCCCUUGGUUCCUGGUUACUGUUAUCCCGGCCAUUAUUUUCUUCGUGUCACUAGUUCAGCUUCUUUAUUACAUACACUUCAUUCAGUGGUUUGUAAAAAAGUUUGCUGUAUUCUUUUUCUGGUCAAUGCGGGUAUCAGGCGCGGAAGCGAUUGUUGCAGCAGCAUCUCCAUUUGUCGGUCAAGGAGAAUCAGUCAUGCUGAUUCGACCAUUUAUCAACUAUCUUACCAUGGCGGAAAUUCACCAGGUCAUGUGUUCCGGUUUCGCGACGAUUUCUGGCAGUGUCUUUGUCGCAUACGUAGCAUUGGGGGUCAAUCCUCAAGCUCUAAUUUCGUCUUGCGUUAUGAGUAUACCAGCAUCAUUGGCGGUUUCUAAGAUGCGUUUUCCCGAAACCGAAGAAGCCCUGACUGCCGGCCGCAUUGUGGUUCCGGAGGAUGAAGAGAACAAGCCGGUAAAUGCAUUGCAUGCAUUUGCAGCAGGUGCCUGGCUGGGCUUGAAAAUUGGUACCAUGAUUGCGGCCACGUUACUGUGCAUUAUAUCCCUCCUCGCUCUCGUCAAUGGUUUGCUGAUGUGGUGGGGUCGGUAUCUUAACAUAAACAGCCCCCCGCUCACCAUCGAGCUCAUCAUUGGGUACGUUUGCUAUCCGAUCGCCUUUCUUCUCGGAGUCCCGCGCAAUGGCGACCUUCUCAAAGUCUCUCGGCUCAUUGGAAUAAAGCUUAUUGCUAAUGAAUUUGUCGCGUACCAUGCUCUCCAAACGGAACCAGAAUAUAAAGAUCUCUCCCCACGCUCCCGCUUGAUUGCUACGUAUGCUCUCUGUGGUUUUGCGAACAUUGGCUCACUGGGAAAUCAGAUUGGGGUCUUGGCCCAGCUGGCUCCUGGUCGAAUUGCCGAUGUAACUCGCGUGGCUGUGAGUGCAAUGCUCACAGGAGCGUUGAGUACAUUGAGCAGCGCAAGUAUAGCCGGGUUACUGGCUACUGAUCAGCGAUGA